AUUUUCAUCUUUCGCUCCACUGCAGUAUCUCUAUUCUUCCACCUUUUUCUUUUUCAAUUUUUAAUGAUCAUUUCUUGCCAAAAAUACCCAAUAAUUCCUCUGGAACGAACAUCUUUUCUCAGUAAUCAUGUCGGGUGAUAUAGCCAGGGAUUCUGCUGAAGGGUCCUCACGAUCCUUCAGUAAACACCACAAUCAACCUCAGGCGACGGCUCCGCUGAGCCGGUACGGGUCACAGAAACGGCGAGACUGGAACACUUUCGGGCAGUAUUUGAAGAACCAAAGGCCCCCGGUUGCACUAUCACAGUGCAACUGCAACCAUGUUCUUGAUUUCCUUAGAUAUCUGGAUCAGUUCGGGAAGACUAAGGUUCACCUACACGGCUGCAUCUUUUUCGGACAACCUGACCCGCCUGCUCCUUGUACUUGUCCACUUAGGCAAGCCUGGGGGAGCCUUGAUGCACUGAUCGGACGUCUCAGAGCUGCUUAUGAAGAGCAUGGUGGGUCACCGGAGACUAACCCUUUUGGAAACGGAACUAUUCGGGUUUAUUUGCGUGAAGUGAGGGACUGUCAAGCUAAGGCCAGAGGGAUUCCAUAUAGGAAGAAGAAGAAGAAGAGGACUCAAAUUAAACCCAACGUCGACGAACCUAUACCAUCUUCCCAGCAACAGCCCUCCUCGCUAGCUGCCUAAGAUCUUUGGAUUCUUCACAUAUAUGAAUGAUCGGCAUUCAGAAAAGUAGCAAAAUAUGGCAGAGUGGAGGGAAAAGAUCCAAGGGGAGAAGGCAAAGGAGUAUGAAGUUAAAUUUAGCACUACUACUAUACAAGUACUGCUACUGUCUUAGUAAAUCUGUGGGUCCAUCGGUUGUUAGUUACGGUUCUUACCAUCGAUACUUUGUAAGUUUAUUGAGUUAUUCUAUCAUUAAGUCCCAUGAAUUAGACGUACAAAUUAUUAAUUAAGGUUAUAGAAACAUCAAGUACCUCUUGUUUCUGUGUUUCUUCUUUAAAGUAAAGCAGAAUUGGACCAGAAGUGGGUUUUCUCUUCUG